AUGGCGGAACGCUACAUCCCCGAACACCGCCGCACACAGUUUAAGGCUAAGAACCAGUUUAAGCCCGAUGAGCUCCGCCGCCGCCGUGAAGAACAGCAGGUCGAGAUUCGCAAGCAGAAGCGUGAUGACAACUUGGCCAAGAGACGUGGUAUCCAGACUCGGGAUGGUGGUAUUGGUGUUGGUGGCAUGACUGCCGCCACUGAGAGUGACGAUGAAGCUAGUGCUAUUGAGAGCGAGCUCAACGUCGAGCUUCCUCUGAUGGUGAAGGGUGUCUUUUCCGACCAAGUUGAGGAGCAGAUUCAGGCUACUACUAAGUUCCGCAAAUUGCUUUCGAAGGAGCGUAACCCCCCAUUGAGCACCGGUGUUGUUGCCCGUUUCGUCGAGUUCCUCCGCUCGCCUCACACUCUGGUCCAAUUCGAGUCUGCUUGGGCUUUGACCAACAUCGCUUCCGGCUCCGCCCAGCAAACCCAGGUUGUCAUUGAAGCCGGUGCCGUCCCCAUCUUCGUCGAGUUGCUGAAGAGCCCCGAGCCGGAUGUCCGAGAACAGGCUGUUUGGGCCCUUGGUAACAUUGCCGGUGACAGCCCUCAUUGCCGUGACUUCGUUUUGGGUGCCGGUGCUCUGCGCCCUCUUCUGGACCUCAUCAACGAUGGGCGUAAGCUGAGCAUGCUCCGCAACGCUACUUGGACCCUCAGCAACUUCUGCCGUGGCAAGACUCCCCAGCCCGAUUGGAACACCAUUGCCCCUGCCCUCCCAGUCCUUUCCAAGCUCAUCUACAUGCUGGAUGAUGAGGUCCUGAUCGACGCUUGUUGGGCUAUCUCAUACCUGUCCGAUGGUGCCAACGACAAGAUCCAAGCUGUCAUCGAGGCCGGUAUCCCCCGUCGUCUGGUAGAGCUCCUCAUGCACGCCUCUACUUCCGUGCAGACCCCCGCCCUCCGUUCCGUGGGUAACAUUGUCACCGGCGAUGAUGUUCAGACCCAGGUCAUCAUCAACUGUGGCUCGCUUCCCGCUCUCCUUUCCCUUUUGAGCUCCACCAAGGACGGUAUCCGCAAGGAGGCCUGCUGGACCAUCUCCAACGUUACCGCUGGAAACUCUAGCCAAAUCCAAGCUGUCAUUGACGCUGGCAUCAUUGCCCCUCUCAUCAACCUUCUUGCUAACGGUGACUUUAAGACCCGCAAGGAGGCUUGCUGGGCUAUCUCCAACGCCACUUCUGGUGGUCUUCAGAAGCCAGACCAGAUCCGCUACCUUGUCUCUCAAGGGUGCAUCAAGCCCCUGUGCGAUCUCCUGGCCUGUCCUGACAACAAGAUCAUCCAGGUUGCUCUUGAUGGUCUUGAGAACAUCCUCAAGGUCGGCGACAUGGACAAGGAGGCUGGUCAGGCUGGUGAGGCUCGCGUCAAUCGCUACGCUCUGUUCAUCGAGGAAGCUGGUGGCAUGGAAAAGAUUCACGAUUGCCAGAACAACGCCAACGAGGAGAUCUACAUGAAGGCCUACAAUAUCAUCGAGAAGUACUUCUCCGACGAGGAUGAGGCCGGCGGUGACAUCGAGGAGCUGGCUCCCCAGCAGACCCAGACCGGGUUCUCUCUUGGUACUGGCCAACAGCCAACCGGUGGAUUCAACUUUGGAAACGCCGGUGAUUCCAUGGAUAUGUAA